AUGCAAAAAUUGGAUCAGUUUGGAGAUGGCUCCGACUACUCUCCGACCCCACCCUUGCGAGCUCCUCCCGUGGGGCUGACCAACGAGCACAGUGUAGGAGGCGACCAUGGUGGGGGAGUGCUCGGGGCUGUGGUGGGGCUAGCUCCAGAGCAUAUCCCCACCCCCGGGGCCGCUUUGAGCUGGCAGGCGGCCAUCGAUGCAGCGCGACAGGCCAAGAUGAUGGGCAACGCGGCAUCCAGCGGAGGGGCGGGGAUUGGCGUGGGAGGGGGCGGACCCAUCUCCACAGCCAGCUCCACGCAACGGAAGAGACAGCACUACGCCGCCAAGCCCAAGAAGCAGACCACAACCACAGCCACGCGACCGCCACGUGCACUGCUCUGUCUCACGCUUAAGAACCCCAUACGAAGGGCCUGCAUCAGUAUUGUGGAGUGGAAACCAUUCGAGAUCAUUAUCCUAAUGACCAUUUUCGCCAACUGUGUGGCCUUAGCCGUCUACAUCCCCUUCCCCGAAGACGACUCGAAUGCCACCAACUCCAACCUGCUCGCGGCACAGUGGUGGGUGCAUGCAGAAAAACAAGCCCCUCCAGUCAAUGCAUCACCCCGAGAGGCUAAUGGACCCAAUGACAAGACACAGCGCCCCGCCAAGCCCACCCACACCUCCUUCUGA